CCAGACUUUCGCACAGAAUGCCAAAGACAGUUUGCGUAAUUGGCGCCGGUGUAUCCGGAUUGGCGGCGGUCAAAAACUCCUUGGAUGAAGGUCUACAACCAAUCUGCUUCGAGAAAGACGAUGAUGUUGGUGGACUCUGGAACUACCAUGAUGUUCCCAAAGAAGGUGAUCCGAGUCUGUACAACUCUUGCAGCAUCAAUACCAGCAAGGAAAUGACCUGCUACAGCGAUUUCCCAAUCCCUAAAGAUUUCCCAAACUUCAUGGCACAUAGACAUUUCAAAAGUUAUUUGAAACUUUACGCCGAACAUUUUGGUUUGAUGAAGUAUAUCAAAUUUAAACACAUAGUGGAACGUGUGGAGAAAGCAGAUGAUUUUGAAGAUACGGGUGAAUGGGUGAUAACAACAAAAAACCUGUCGAGCGGGAAAGUGGAGAAAAGGAAGGUAAACUUUGUAAUGGUGUGUAAUGGUCACCUCCAUGAGCCAAAUAUUCCCAAAUUCAAAGGACUAGAAAAAUUUAAAGGAAGAGUGUUGCACACCCAUGAUUACAAAGACUUUCGUGGAUUUGAAGGAAAGAGAAUCUUAAUGAUUGGAAUUGGAAAUUCUGCAGCAGACGUGGCAUGUGAUCUUAGUAGGCAUGCCGAGCAUGUUUAUGUCAGCACACGAAGUGGUACAUUUGUAAUACAGCGAGCUGCUGACCAAGGUCGUCCAUUUGACCACAUUGCCGUCAGCCGUUUUCGACAGGGUCUUCCAUGGCCGUUGUUGCGUCCAUUCCUUUACCAUGGUGUCAAUAACCGAUAUAGCCAUUCCAAAUAUGGACUUUCACCCAACACAAGAUUCAAUGGUGGAGCUGUGACCAUAAGUGACGACCUUCCAAACCGCAUUAUUUUAGGAACGAUCAAUGUAAAAACCGACGUUGAGAGAUUCACCGAGGACGGUGCGAUCUUUGUGGAUGGAACAAAACUUGACAAUAUUGAUGUGGUGAUUUUGGGCACCGGGUACAAUUUCAGCUUCCCAUUUCUCCAGGAGGAUGUUGUAAAAGUAGAAAAUUCCUUCCCUUAUCUAUACGAACUAGUGUGGCCAGCAGACCUUGAACCUUUGACUCUGGCCAUUAUUGGCCUUGUCCAACCAUUUGGUGCUCUUCCUCCGAUUCUAGAAAUGCAAACAAGAUGGGUUACUCGCGCAUUUUCUGAGAAGUGCAAGCUACCAAGUGCUGCAAAGCGCAUGAAAGAAGUUGAAGCAAAACAUGCCAAACUGAAAGCAAAAGGUAUUGACUCGGCACGGUAUAGUCUUGUCAUCUUCUUUAUUCAGUACAUCGACAAACUUGCACAACACAUCGGGUGUAAGCCAAAUCUGUGGAAGCUCUUCUUCACUGAUAAUGCAUUAUGGAGAAAGCUAUUCUUUGGCCCGUGCACACCUCCACAGUGGCGACUCGAAGGACCCGGAUGCUGGAAAGGUGCAAGACACGCCAUUGAAAAUGUGGAAGAAAACACCUGGUACCCAUUAAAGACACGCGAAGCAGGAAAACACGAGACAGAAGGUUUAUACGAUGGAUGGAUAAACCUCUUCAAGUGGAUGUUUAUUUUCAUCGUUACCUGUAUAUUUCUCCGAUAUUUGUUUUCAAACGGUUAUCAAACUUUCACGAUUAAAUCUUGAAAAUGUGGGUGGAGUUACUUCACAUAAAUUGAGAUCUAUUGUAAUAUACUAUACCUCGUUUGCAUAAAACG